GAUAUUACGACGGUAAACAUGUGCAAGCUCGUCUGGGGAAUCAUAAACGGUGAUCUCGAGCAGGUCCGCGAUAUCGUGGAAAACGGGAACGUAAAUGUUAAUCUGUGGAUCAAUGGCAGGACACCAUUGCAUUAUGCGGCUGAUUAUGGACAGAACGAAGUGGUUAGGUACCUGUUAGAUAAAGGAGCGGAUGCCAAUGCUACCGAUAAGCAUGGUAUAACAACGCUAUUGGCAGCUAUUUGGGAAGGUCAUACCAAUUGCGUUAAGUUGUUGCUUGAGAAAGGAGCCAAGCCUAACGGCUUGACGCCACACGGCAAGAGUUAUUUAGACGUCGCUGAGGAAGAAGAGAUUAAAGAGCUCCUGAAGCUUCAUUAUCAUUAAACCAAACGACGCAAAGAGAGAUAUAUAUGAAUUUUGUUAUUUAAGAACUUUCAGGUUCCUUGUAGGAUAUUCGCAGCUGCUUUGUUAUUAAUUUUGUGCGUGUAUGACUUCUGGCCACCCUGGUUAAUGCAAGUUGACAUAACAAGUAGUGUACUAAUCGUAGUUUUAUAAGAAAAAUUUUUAUGAAAAUUAAAAGAGGAUAAUAGAGUUUGUAUCGAGUGCAUGAUCAAACACAUUCAGUAAUUGUGACGGAAGGAACUUUUUUGCUUUUCUU